AAAAAAUGUUGUGUGCUGCGAAGCCAGCAAAGCAAUGUUAAGUGGUUUUGUUCACGGUGCGUUGUUCUGAUCCUUUCUUUCUCUCUUCUUCCCGUUUUCAUCCGAUGAACAGCCUGUGGCGCGCGGCGACCGGCCAGGCGGAGCCGCCAACCGACUACGACGGCGUUGAAUUCUGGUCCAACCCCGAACGCACCGGCUGGCUCACAAAACAAGGCGAGUACAUCAAAACCUGGCGCCGCCGCUGGUUCGUUCUCAAACAAGGAAAACUCUUCUGGUUCAAAGACUCCGCCGUCACGCGCGUCUCCAAGCCACGCGGCGUCGUCCCCGUCGCCUCCUGUCUCACCGUCAAGGGCGCCGAAGACGUCCUCCACAAACCCUACGCCUUCGAACUCUCCACGCGCUCCGAUACGAUGUACUUCAUCGCCGAUUCUGAUAAGGAGAAGGAGGACUGGAUCAACUCUAUUGGCCGCUCCAUCGUUCAGCACUCCAGAUCCGUCACCGAUUCUGAGAUCGUCGAUUAUGACAGCGCCAAACGCUGACGGAAUAGCUCCUCGCCGCUCACGAUCAACACGCCGCCGCGCCGCGCCGCGACUCUGUGUCAGUUAAUUCUACUCUUUCCUAUAUUUAUAAAUUUUCCGUUGUGUAUAUUGUUAUAUGAAUUGCAGAUCGUGUUCGUUUUUGUGAAGAAACUCUGUUUAUGUACUUGAAUUGCUAUAUAGCUUUAGUUCUCAAUUCGUAAGAAUUUGGUUUCGUUCA